AUGUUUGCCGUCGCUUCCGCCACCACCGGCCCUUCACGUCACAAAGCAGUCGAAGAACUGGCCAUGAACACCAGUGCACCGCCGGAAAAAUAUAUCCGCAAAGAAGGCCUUGGAGGCUCUGAGCUUCCAUAUUUUGAUAUUCCAAUUCUUGAUCUUAGUCUUCUGAAUUCUUCAACACCUGAAGCUGAAGAAGAACUCAGAAAACUAAGACUUGGUUUUAGCUCCUGUGGCUACUUUCAGGCAAUAAAUCAUGGGAUAGAUACUUCAUUUCUUGAUGAAGUACAUGAUGUGACCAGGAAAUUUUUCAAACUUCCGAUGGAAGAGAAGAAGAAAUAUGCAAGAGAUGCUGAUGAUAUUGAUGGCUACGGAAACGACACCGUAUACUCUGAGAACCAAACACUUGAUUGGAAUGACAGAUUGUGGCUCAAUGUGAAACCUGACAACAAGAGGAAGAUGAAAGUGUGGCCUGAAAACCCUAAAAAUUUUAGGCAAAUUUUGCUAGACCUUACAGCCAAACUAGAGAAUGUUAAUGAAAUUGUGUUCAAGGCCAUGGCAAAAUCACUGGGUUUGGAAGAGGACUGUUUCCUAAAACAGUGUGGAGAGAAUCCAAUAACUAUUGCGAGAUUCAACUUGUAUCCUCCAUGCCCUACACCAGAUCUUGUUCUUGCAGCCAAAGCACAUGGAGAUGCAUCUGCAAUGACUUAUCUCUUGCAAGAUAAAGAAGUUGAAGGUCUUCAAGUCCUUAAAGAUGAUAAAUGGUAUAAAGUUCGGAUUGUUCCGGAUGCUAUCGUCGUUAACGUUGGCGAGCAAGUAGAGAUAAUGACUAAUGGUAUAUUCAAGGGCCCGGUUCAUAGGGUUGCAACAAAUCGAGAAAGAGAGAGGAUGACAAUUGCUGUUUUCUUCACUCCUGACCCAACCAGUGAAGUUAAACCAGCUGAAGGGCUUAUUAAUGAGAAAAAUCCCAAAUUAUACAAAAGUAUAAUUGAUUACACUGGUAAUUAUUUCCAGUUAUUUCAGCAAGGGAAGAAGCCUAUUGAUGCUCUCAAAGUUUGA